ACGUUUGUUUUGAACAAUUGUCGACUCUAUAUAUUGAGUGUCUAUUUGUUUGUAUAAAACGAAAACAAAAAUGUUUGUCAUUUGAGUGACAAUUAUAUUGAUUUGAAUGAAACAAACACUCAAACAGACAGCGAUAGACACGACACGGAAGACAUGACAUGAUAUCAGAGAGAAGACAACCAUUUAAUUGGACAUAACGUGCAAUCAAUCAUUGGUGGCAAUGAUUCACUCUUUUUCGGUGACUUCGGCCAGUCGUCUAUUAAUCGCCAUUGUUAUUGUAUGGCUUCUCGUAAUAUUUGUCAUAACUGGUCCAUUGAUCGGUUGGUCGCACAAUAGAGAUGACGGCAAUGUUGACAUGAAUAGUAACGGCGAAAUGAUUUUGGCCCGACUUUCCCGUGCAAUGAAUGAAUUGACGGCUCUUAAGGCACAAAAUGAAGAGCUGAGAAGUUUAUUGCAAAACUAUUUGCCAAUUGAUUUAAGUGUCACUUCUGGCCAACAAUCGGAUGCAAAGUCGUCGUCAUUAAAGUCGUCAUACUUUCCAUCACAAGAGUAUGAGUUAAGUCGACGUCGCGUUGAGUUUAAUAUGAAUGAGUUGUGGCACUUCUUGAGAACCAAAACCAACUCAUCGAUCAUGCAAUUCGUUAACCAAAUCAAACACAAUAUGUUUUAUGAUUUAGAGGUCAUCGAAAAGAGAGAUAAUAUUUGGAGAAAAUCCGAGUUUAAAAGAUUGAAUGAUUUGGUUAAAAAUAAGAUAAAUGAAUUGCAAAAUCCAGUUAAAGACAAAUGUGGUUCAACAAAGAAGUUGAUCUGUCAACUAAACAAAGGCUGUGGCUUUGGCUGUCAAAUACAUCAUUUGGUUUACUGUAUGAUUGUCGCGAUGGCCACAAAGCGUACUCUUAUUAUGAAUUCACAGAACUGGCGUUACGCUCAGUCAAAGUCCAAAGGAUCGUCAAACAAGGGUUGGGAUUCAGUUUUUUUGCCUUUAAGUCAGACCUGUUUGGAUGAUUCCGGUUCCAGUAGAAUAUCAUGGAGUUCUUCAUCAGAUUUAGAUAUUUAUCAGGUCGUUGAUCUGCCAAUAAUUGAUUCAAUGCGUUCUCGUCCCGAUUAUCUACCAUUGAGUAUACCCGAAGAAUUAACACAAUCAUUGGUUCAACUGCACGGCGCACCUAUUGUCUGGUUUAUCGGACAAAUUGUCAGUUUUUUGAUGAGACCAUCGCAAGAGAUGAGUGAUUAUAUAAAGAAACAGAAAGAGAGAUUCAAUUUCAGAGGACCUAUAGUUGGAGUUCACGUCCGUCGCACUGACAAAAUUGGUACCGAAGCGGCUUUUCAUCCGUUGGCCGAAUAUAUGAAAUUUGUUGCCGAUUAUUACGAUCGAUUGGAUCUAUUCUAUGAAAGAAAUCAAACGAAUACAAAAGUUGAACGUUUAGUAUAUUUAGCUACCGAUGACUCUUCUUUGUGGUCCAAAGAAAUUAAACCAUUUGAAGACAUGGGAUAUAUAUUUAUUGGUGAUUCACAAAUCUCUCAAACUGCAAGUCUUGGCCGCCGUUACUCAAUAGACUCAUUGCGAAACAUAAUUCUCGAUAUAUGGCUAUUAAGUGAAACAGAAUUUCUUGUUUGCACUUUUAGUUCACAGGUAUGUCGUUUGGCCUACGAGUUGAUGCAGACCAGGAUUGAGCCGAAGUCGUACUCAACAAAAUUGGAUAAAUCCAGUGCUUACUAUUCAUUAGACGAUAUCUAUUAUUUUGGCGGUCAAUCAGAUCACAAUCAGAUCGCUAUACUUAAUCACAAAUCACAGAAUAGCCAUGAAAUUGAUCUUAAAAUUGGUGAUGUCGUUGGAAUUGCUGGAAACCAUUGGAACGGUUACAGUAAAGGACUCAAUCGGGAGACAAAACAAAAUGGUUUAUAUCCCGGCUUUAAGACAAAUGAAAAGAUAGCGAGCGCUCACUUCAAACUAUUUGAGUCCAAUUGAUGGUCGGGUAUAAAAAUUGACAUAACUUACUGUUACUUAGAUAUUAUAUGUUUUUAUUUGUCAAUUAUUUAUUAUUAUUUUAUCAUUAAUUGUUCAAUUAAAUUAAAUUAAUGAAUUUA